AUGGGAUUGGAUUGGCAGCACUGGGUCAAAUGGAUCGGUGGAUCAAUCUUCUGCAACUGUGGGUACUGCGGAAUUGUCCAGGUUGUGGGCACAAUUCAGGUACGGAUACCCAUGCAAUGUCGGCAAUUAGACGUUUCUCCAUUCUGGUCUCUCCUGUCUCUAUGGCUCUCUCUCUGUCUCUGUCUCACCCUCCCUCCCUCUCUUCGGAAUGCGAAGGGUGGCAUGGGACGGAACGGGGAUGCUGUUCCUUUCCUUCUUCACCUUGCUGCGCUGCGGGAAUCAUCGUCGUAA